GCUCAUGAAAAACAAGCUGCGUGUAAAGAUAAGAGUCUACAUGCAGCAGGCUGUCACGCCAGAGGGGAGAGAAAUUCUCGGCCCCUCCUAUUCAAGCGCUUUUUUACACAUGCUCAUACACAGCACCGGAUCAGUCUCACAGCCACUUAUACAUACACUUGCCUGGACAAGAUGGUCAAGAGGGAAUCACAUUCGUCAGAUCAUCUCACUGGAGGUUCUCACAGAAGGAUAAUGACAACUAAACUGGCAACAGCUAUAGCUGCUUUCUUUCUCUUGGCCAGUAUAGCCGUCAUUAUAGCAAUAGCUACAGUUCAGGUGAAACAGAGGACUUAUCUUUCCCCUGGACUUAAGUAUGGUAUUGUAUUGGAUGCCGGCUCCUCCAGAACUACUGUAUAUCUAUAUCAGUGGCCAGCCGAGAAAGAGAACAACACUGGGGUUGUGACCCAGACUACAAAAUGUCCGGUUAAAGGUCCUGGUAUCUCAGAAAUGAAUGCGGAAGCCUGGAACAGCCUUAAAAAGUGUAUGGCAGACAUAACGGAAGUCAUCCCCACACAUCAACGUGAAUCAACGCCCAUCUUUCUUGGUGCAACUGCUGGCAUGAGACUGCUCCAACAGAAGAGUCAAGAGAAGUCCAAUGCUGUCCUGCGUUCCAUACAGGAGUAUCUUCAAUCUUUACCAUUUGAUUUCCACAAUGCUUCCAUCAUCUCAGGUCAGGAAGAGGGGCUGUAUGGGUGGAUCACCGUCAACUACCUGAUGGGAAACUUCUUGGAGAAAAAUAUAUGGAAUGCAUGGGUUCAUCCUCAUGGAGCACGCACCGUGGGGUCAUUGGACUUGGGCGGCGCCUCAACUCAAAUUGCCUUCAUGGCCCCACUUGAUGCCAGAGGAGCAGAUCUCAUCCAAAUUUCACUCUAUGGCUAUGAAUACAAUGUUUACACACACAGCUUCCUGUGCUAUGGCAAAAAUGAGGCUGAAAAAAAAGUUUUGGCAGAGCUUGUAAAGCUGUACCCUGAUUCAUCGCGUAUAAGUCACCCAUGCUACCCUCUUGGCUACAACAUCACCAUACCUGGAGAUGACAUCUUUGGCAGUGAAUGUACAAAGACUUCUACUCCACUUCGCUAUUCCCCAGAGAAGUCCUUCACGUUCUUUGGACAAAGUGAUCCAGCCAAGUGCAAAACUUUGGUCAAGAGGAUUUUUGACCUGAACUCCUGUCAGGGGAAUGAGCACUGCUCAUUUAAUGGAGUAUACCAACCACCUAUCACAGGUGACUUCAUGGCCUAUGCAGGAUUUUACUACACAGCUGGGGCUCUGGAUAUAAAGGGCUCUAACAGUCUGGAGAAGUUUAACUCCACCGUGUGGUCAUUCUGCACUAUGGACUGGAAAACACUCAAGAAAAACUACAACAUCACAGAGAAACACUUGAAAUCGUAUUGUUACUCUGCGAACUAUGUUUAUACAAUUCUCGCAGAUGGAUACAAGUUUAAUGCAGGCAACUGGGAAAAACUUGAUUUUCAAAAAGAGGUAAAUAAGACGAGUAUAGCCUGGUCCCUGGGCUACAUGCUAGCUCAGUCUAACAUGAUCCCUGCAGAGGCAAAGCUCCUGCAGCUACCCAUUUCCAACAGUGUGUUCGCUACUCUGCUCUUCCUGUUCUCCGCUCUCACCAUCAUCACUCUUAUGUUCCUCAUUAUCAAACUGGUGCAGAUGUUUUACUGAUGUCUCUGAAAGCCCUACUCAGGAGCCUAGUGAUCGCCUUUGAGCAACAGCACUAGAAAAAAAGCACAAUGAAAUGCAGGAAAACCUUUGUUUACCAUGCUGUCUGUGCUACUGGUUCAGCUAUUCCUGACAGGGCCCAGAAACAGGUUCACACUACAGUAUUCACUGCCUGAAGUCUUGCCAUCUCCACCAAAGAGAUGCACAAUAGCACAUGUAACCUCUUCUAUAUUAUUUCAGCUAAAUGAGAGAUUCAUCUUUAUUGCCAGAAUGCAAAAUAAAAUAUAGCAUUUAUGAUGGUCUGCUACUGGGAACGAGGUCAAAGCACUUUGCAAAGAAGCUGUUUGAAGGGUUUAUCAUUUAUACAUUUGCUGACUGUGUUUAGAUUUCAUUAAUUCAGUGACAAGUGUCAAGUUGAAGACACUUAAAAGGAAACAACGUGACGGUAUUUCAAAUUUAAUGGGCUUCAACAAACUAUGAUUUCAUAUUGCACAAAUGUUCAUGUAAUUCAAAUGAAUCUACAUGAUUAACACUGUAACUAAAUGUAUCAAAACAGGUUAUUUCUUGCUGACAAUUGUUCAGUUUAAACAUGCUUCUACUGUGCUUCAAUAUGCAAAUCAUUGCUUAAGACACAAAGUUGUGUGUGAUUGUGGUAGAUGUUUCACAAUCUAUUUCAUUUCAUACUGGAAUAUUACUGUAAUGAGAGCGAAUAGCAAUACAGUAGAAUUGUGACAGUAUGUCUAGUAGUGUUCCACAUGCAUUUUAGAAAGGCUCAAAGCAGAUUUAUCAUAUUUAGAAAGUGAAUAAUUAAUAUUUACUAAGUGAUUGUGUUUGCCAGUGCUACUACUAAAACUGCUCAUCUCUAUCCACUCCAUCUUCAUAUUCCCUAUUUUGACAGGUUUACUUAACAUUGAUGUGUUUUCUAGAUUGAGCGUGUUAGAGUUGCAACAUAAAGGCUCUAAUUUGUGGAUUUAAUAUGCAGCAAUAUAACAAACCAAGCCAAAGUCAUGAAUAGUAACUUGUAAAUAAUAAUAAUAAUAAUAAUAAUAAUAAUAAUAAUAAUAAUAAUAAUAAUAAUAAAUCUACAUGUAGCCUGUAGCAUGUAGAAUUUUCAGGGUAAUAUUGUUCUGUAAAUAAAAUGCACUAAACUUGACUUAUAACAUAUCAUACUUACCCCUAAACCUAACAGAAUACUAUGGAAAAAAGAGGAAACAAUCCUUGCUUUCACCAACAUUAAUGAAAUUUUGGUAAAGCAAAGGUUUACAUAGUUGUUUUCACAGAUUUGUACAGGGUAUUGGUUAAGCAAGUCUAAAAUAUAAUAAUAAUUAAAAAAAAAAAAAAAAAAGUCUAUACAUUCUGAUGGGAGAUGAUAUUGUUCAGGAUAUGGAUUUCUCCUCUCGGAAUUGAGAAAGCAUACUUAAAGCAUCCAACAUUUUUGUUGUGUGUUAUAUGUUUGUCUCGUUGCCUUGCAUUGUGGGUUUAAAAUAGGUUUGAAUGCAUGUCAUAUUUCAGCGCACAUUUUUGUGAAAUGAUAAUAAACUUCACUGAAUGUUAAAAAACAAAAAGAUUCUCUGUAUGAUGUUUAUAUUGGUUGUUGUUUUCCAUAGAUGGAUCAAAUAAAAUACAACCCCAAUUCCAAAAAAAAGUCGGGACGAUUUGCAAA